AUGAAAGCAAAUUAAGAAUUUAGUUGUAGAAUUCCACAUCACAAAGUCAUCAAUUAAAAGAUAGUUUAUGUUGUUAUAUUUGUCUCUCAUUCUUAUUGUUCAGCUAAAGUUUAACAUCUUAGAUAUUCAGAUUCAGAAAAAUUACAUAAUAAAAUUGAGAAAUAAUUAUAACAAUUAAGAUAAUGUGUUAAUUUGCCAUAAUUUCCAGGUAAGAAAUUAUUUGGUAGUCAUAAUGAUUCUGAAUCUGGUAUAUUAAGAAGGGUAAUAAAUAAUUUAUAAAUUAUUAGAGAUCUGAUCUAUAAGAUUAUUUUAAUUAGCUACUUAAAAAUGAUAAACUUUAUUCUCUCUCUUGUUUAAAAUAAUUACUACCUGAUAUUAAUGAUGAUAAAAGUGAUCUUAUAUAAUAUUUAGAAGAUAGGUAAAUUUUAUGUAUGUUAUUUAUAGACCUCUUUAAUAGUAUAGUUUCAUUAUUGAUUCAUUUUAAUAAUUGGAAAUGUUUGUAUUAUAUUCUGUAUAGGUUAUUGAUAGUUUUAAUAAAACUAAAUGGAGAUUUAAAACUAGAUAUUCAGAUUUAAGAGAUAUUCAUUAAGCACUUAAAGAAUAAACUAAAAUUACAUUACCAGAAUUUCCAAAAAGAAAAUUAUUUAGAAUUACAAAUGAUGAUCCUUAAGAAAUUGAAAAUAGAAAGUGCAAUUUAGAAAUUUAUUUAAAUUCACUUUAUGCGUAUUUAAUCAUAUUUAAAUAGAGUAACCCAGAAUUGAAUAAUUCAGAUAUAUUAGAUUAUUUUAUUUAAAAUAGUAGAAGAGAAUCCAAAAAACUUUAAAAGUAUGAUGAAUAAAAAAUACUAUUAAAAAUGGUAAAAAUAUAUAUUUAUACAUAAAUUUAGAAACUAAGAUAGAAAUAAGAAAAAGAGAAAUAGAUUGAGUAUUUAUAGUAAAAAAUACUGUAGAACAAUGAAAAUUGUAAAAAUGAUUUAAAUACAAACGGUAAGGUUCGAAAUAAUUCAAUAAAAAGAGUACCAAGAAAAGGACUGUUUAUAAUAAAAGAAAUUCUUGAUAAAUAUGAAGAUGAUAAUACAACACUGAUAAGAUAUAGUUCAAUUUCAUCAAAUCCUUUAAAUUAAAUUGGUUAAAUACUAAUAAAUUAAAAAUUAGAUUAGGAAUAUGAGAAAGCGAAUUCAGAGCCUGAUAUAAAUAAUUAGGAUAUAGAGAAUAUUGAUAAUGAUUAUUUAGAGAAAUGGAGAGGAAAAGAAUGA